AUUUCUGCUAGGAUCGUUUAUUGGCAUUGAAUAACUACCUAUGUGAUUUUACGCUGCAAAAUAGUAAUUAUUUUGAUUAUUUUGUAGGACCACCCACACCCACACAAUUUGCACAUUUCUAAAAGAAUGCAGAUCUGCUAUGUAAUUAAAUGUGCGAAAACUAUACCGUAAUUGCCUAUAUAAGCCGAACUUCCACGCUUGGACGUUCAUUGUUCUUUGCGGAAAUUCAAUAAAGUUCAUAGUUUAUUUGCAUCAAUAGACGGACACUUCUGCGCCAUCGAAAUGUACUUUUGUGAGCAAUUGUACAACAUUAAUUUGGUGUAUAUGAAGCGUGUUGGCUAUCUGGGUGACCCAAAGCGUGCGCUCUUUAUGCUCGCUAUGCCAACUUUUUGCUGUUUCGCUACCAUCUAUAGAAUUUAUCUAAUUUGGCAUAAUUUCGAUGAAGUGGUAGCGAAUUUAUUUAAAGUUUCGGGUAUGAUUACAAUAACAGUACGCACUUUUGUGGUGUUAUCUAAACAAAAGAAGUUUUUGGAUUUUUUCAACGAUAUCGACAAUUGGUACCACAAAUUACGGUCGGAAAAUGACGAAGUGACAAUGAAAAACUUAGAAGAAUACACGCGAAAAACGCGACGUGCAUCUAAAACUAUAUUCGGCAUCAUGAUAGUCUGUAUAUUCUAUAUUUCCGCCAUACAACUGCUGACCAUCAGUAGUAGUACGAAUAAAAGUAAGAAGAACAUUAAAAACAAAAGUUCGUCCCGUACUACCCGAUACUUCUUUACAGAAUACCUAAUUGAAGUGCGAUUGCCAUUUGUCGACCUGUACACAAGUCCAUACUACGAGAUAAUUUCCGUGUUGCAAGCACUUUGGCUUACUCCGAUCGUCCUAUUGUCAUAUGUUUCCUAUUUGUGUGUGAUUUUAAUAUCUAUAUCAUUUGGUAUUUUCCUUAUGAAAGAUCUGCAGCAGAAAUUGGGUAAUAUGCACGAAUUGAAUGAGCUGGAAGGUUUGAAAUGUAUCAAAAAAUGCAUACAACAGCAUGUAUUGAUCAUCAAAUUUCACAGGGAUUUGGAAGUAUUAUUUUCUGCUGGAAAUUUUGUAGAUGUCAGCAUUUUUUGUAUAAUACCUUGCGUCAUAAUCGUUUAUGCAAAUAUGGAAUAUAAUUUGGCAUUUAUGAUUACAGAUGUUCAAUUGGUUUUUGUUGUAAUUUUCUCAACAUAUAUUAUCUUUUGGUUAGCCAAUAGCUUUUACAUUGAGGGUUUAAAUAUAGCUCACGCCGCUUAUAAUUGCAAUUGGGUAGAUCGGGGCAAGGACUUUCGCAAGUACAUUGUUGUGAUAAUGGCUGUUGGUCAAAAGCCACUGGAGCUCACCGCUGGCGGCCUAAAACCCGUGAAUAUGCAAUUCUUUCUGGCUAUCGUGCGCGUUUCAUAUUCAAUCUUUACCGUCCUACAGGGAACUAAGAAAGAUUAUUGAAGUGAAGAAAGCAGUAAUUAAUCGCAUUCAACUAUAUUUUUUUAUCCUUUAAAAAAUAGAAAUAAACAAUUUAAUAACU